UCGACCUGUAAACUUUUCGGGGAGUUUCACUUACCUGGGCUGUACGAGGAUGGAGACAUCGUCAUUGGCGGUGUAUUCCCCGUCUACAACAAGGCUUUGGAGGAAGAGCCCUCUUUUAAAACCAGACCGACACCUUCGCGUUGUGUCAGUUUUGACCUCAGGGCAUUUCGCUGGACACAGAUCAUGAUCUUUGCCAUAAAGGAGAUAAACCAGGAUGAAAACCUCCUCCCGAAUGUCUCGCUUGGAUACAGGAUCCACGAUUCGUGCGCCUCGCCCUCGCAGUCAUUAAGAGCAGCCCUAACACUGGCUAAUGGGCAGGAGAAAGUUAUUCCAGAAGUUAAAUGCAAGGGAGUUGCUCCUAUUCCGGUCAUCAUUGGAGAAUCUGGAUCAUCCCAGUCCAUAUCUAUUUCAAGAGCAGUUGCACCCUUUGGAAUUUCAAUGGUUAGUUAUUUUUCUACCUGUGCAUGCCUUAGCAACAAACAAGAAUUCCCUACGUUUUUUAGAACUGUGCCAAGUGACUUAUUUCAAGCCAAGGCUUUAGCUCAGCUUGUAAAGCAUUUCGGCUGGACCUGGAUUGCAACCAUUGCAGGAGAUAAUGAAUACGGGCGAUAUGGGAUUCAAGCAUUUAGUGAGAAAGUAAAGCAAGAUGGAGUCUGCAUUGCUUUUUCAGAAACGGUCCUCAGAACAUAUCCCAAAGAAAGGAUACUCAAGAUUGUAGACACCAUAAAAACGUCAACUGCAAAGGUUAUCCUGGCUUUUGCCUCUGAGGGCGAUCUUUACCCUUUGCUGAGAGAAAUUGUGCAGCAGAACAUUACUGGGAUUCAAUGGAUAGCAAGUGAAGCCUGGAGUACAGCUGCAAGACCAUCUACAUUGCACAAUUUCAAAUCCCUCGGGGGCACAAUAGGAUUUGCAAGUCAUAAAAUGAAAAUCCCCGAAUUCAGAAAAUUUCUUUUAAGUCUACGGCCUUCAAAUUCAACUGAUAGUUUUAUGAAUGCUUUCUGGGAAACUAUAUUUGGUUGCACAUUUAAGGCAGAUAUGUAUGACUCUAUGUUCAAUAGAUGCUCGGGGAAAGAGAAUUUACAGAAGGUGAAUAAUUCCUUCUUUGACAUCAGUGAAUUAAGAGUAUCCUAUAACGUUUACAAAGCAGUUUACGCCAUAGCCCAUGGACUCCACAGCUUGCUAUUUUGUCAAGAUAAAUCAUUGGGAGCCACUCUCUGUGCCAAUGUUUCAAACAUCGAGCCAUGGCAGCUCUUCCAUCACUUGAAGGACAUAAGAUUUACAAACCGCCUUGGAGAAAACGUAUAUUUUGAUCAGAAUGGGGACCCCCCUGCAUCAUAUGACCUUAUAAACUGGCAGUUGAAUGACAAGGGUUUGGUUGAACAUGUAACAGUUGGUUAUUUUGAUGCAUCUGCAGAACCAGGAAAAGAGUUUAUGAUAAAUGAAGAUAUUAUUCUGUGGCAUGGGAACCAAAGCACACAAGUGCCACAGUCCAUCUGCAGUGAAAGCUGCCCACCUGGCACUAGAAAGGCUGUGCAAGAUGGACAACCCAUUUGUUGCUUUGACUGCAUCUCAUGCGCUGAAGGUGAAAUCAGCAAUGCAACAGAUUCAGUCGAAUGUGUGAAAUGCCCCUUGGAAUAUUGGUCGAGUGAGGACAGAAAACAGUGUGUACUCAAAGAAAUCGAGUUUCUUUCCUUUGAAGAUACUAUGGGAAUUAUACUGAUGAUUGUGGCAUUAUUUGGAACAUUCAUCACUCUCGUUAUGCUGUCUGUCUUCCUGUAUUGCAAGGACACACCCAUCGUUAAAGGCAAUAACUCUGAACUAAGCUUCCUGUUGUUGUUUUCCUUGCUACUCUGUUUUCUGUGCUCUCUCACCUUCAUUGGCAAGCCGUCCGUCUGGUCAUGUGUACUGCGGCACACGCUGUUCGGCAUUGCGUUUGUCCUCUGCGUGUCCUGCAUUCUGGUGAAAACGAUCGUUGUGCUGAAGGCAUUUAAGGCAACUGUUCCUCAGAAGAGCACAAUGAAAUGGUUCGGGGCUGCCCAACAAAGAUCCAUUGUUUGUGCGUGUACUCUCAUCCAAGUUCUGAUCUGUGUCACGUGGCUUGCAAUGGCUCCACCAUUCCCAGCAAAAAACAUGAGACAUCAUAACGCAAAGGUUAUCCUGGAGUGUGAUGUGGGAUCUCCAAUAGCUUUCUAUUGUGCAUUAGGGUACAUUGGUGUUUUGUCUGGCUUGUGUUUCGUUCUGGCUUUUCUAGCUAGAAAACUACCAGGUAACUUCAAUGAGGCUAAACUCAUAACCUUUAGCAUGCUUAUCUUCUGUGCUGUUUGGCUGACAUUCAUUCCAGCCUACGUCAGCUCACCUGGUAAGUACACCGUCGCUGUUGAGACCUUUGCAAUUUUGUCAUCCAGCUUUGGCUUGCUUUUCUGCAUCUUUGUUCCCAAGUGCUACAUUAUCUUGUUCAAACCAGAGAACAAUACAAAGAAAAGUCUGAUGGGGAAAGGCCCUUCCAAAAACAGUUAA